AUGGACAAUCAAGUUUUAUAUUCGGCUGAACAAAUUAAAAUCCCAUCCGAUCUUGGAGAAGUCAUUAAACAAUAUACCAAGGAUGCUAUUCGAGCGUCUCCCUCUAAUCUCGUUCAAUGGAGUGCCAAUUAUUUUGCAAACAAGACCAACAAACCUUUACCUUUCCCCAAUGUUCCUCUUACUAAAUCAAUCUCUGAAUAA